AUGGGUUUGAUCAACUGGCUGGUGGAACAACAUCAGUUUUUAAUGCAGCAAUGCUUUUCACUUCCAUUUGCAUUUUUGUUUUAUUUUUUUGCUAAACGCGGAUAUCUGUCCUUGACGUACAGGUACCUCUUUGUUUCUGUUGGGGGAUGUGUCAUGGCAGUUUCCACAAUGGGCAUCUACAGCACGCUCCUGUUCGUUUCCACCUUUGUCUUUAUUCUUCUCCUGGUCUCUGUGGAUCCCGGCUAUAUCCACACCUGGGUGUUUGGUACCCAGAUGUUGUGGCAAACGUUCUGGCACCUGCUUAUACAGUACAGGGAAUACUGCCUGCAUGAGCCUGUCAGCAUCAGAUUGUUUUUGGCAGUGUCCUCUUUGAUGCUGCUCACUCAGAGAAUCACCUCAGUGUCCAUGGACCUCCAGGAGAAACGAGCUAUGUUCACAUUUAACGCUUCAUCCAAAAGUAAUGGCUGUGUGAUGUUUCUCCCUCUUAUCAGCUACAUCCUCAGUUUCACCACUUUGCUUGGUGGCCCUUUGUGCUCCUACAGCCAAUUUGUGUCCCUUAUGGAGGGAAUCAGCCUCAACCCUCCGCCCAGUCCACUGGGUGUGGUGUGCCUAAAGUUGAUACAGGUGUUAUUGCUGGAGUUGGUGAGGUUUUGUCUUGUCUAUUUUAUAAGACAAACGAUCUAUGAUCCCGCUUGCUCUGCUGUCCUUUGUGGCAUCCUGUGGGUUUGGGGUAUUGCGCUGGUUUUGAGGAUCCAAUAUUACUCUCACUGGAGGAUCAGCGAGUGCCUCAAUAACGCAGCUGGGUUUGGGUUUUGCGAAAGUUCACCGGGGGACUCUCGAGACCGGAGCGGACCAACUGAUGGAGAUUUCUGGACGACUGAGGCGUCGAGCCGUAUGUCAGAGUUUGCCCGUCGAUGGAACGCCACAACAGCUUCGUGGCUGCGUAGACUGGUUUACAAAAGGUGUACACAUUUCCCGUUGUUCAUGACUUUUGGCUUUUCACUGUGGUGGCAUGGUUUGCACUUGGGUCACUUUGUGGGAUUUUUGACCUGGGCAGCAACAGUGAAAGCAGAUCACUACAUACAUAGGUACUUGCACCCGAAGCUCUGUUCAACAUGGAGGAGGCUGCUGUACAACCUUUUAGGCUGGAUAAACACUCAAAUGGUUGUUACCUGUGUUGUUAUAGUGGUAGAAUUAAGAAAUAUGUCCGGUUUGAGACUUUUGUGUGUUACAUACGUAGGUCUGUUUCCACUUUGUAAUAUAAUUCUACUUGUUAUCUUAGUAAAACUCAGCAUAGUAAGUUAG